GUCCUGACAGUAAAAGCGCUCAAGGACUUUCCCGAGCGAACUCUCCGUGAAAUUACUGCUUACACCGGCAAAACACCGUGACACAGCAAGCUCUCCCCGCAUUACCUGCGUCCGAGCCCAGGAGAGUACCUGACACGGGAGAAAAGGGCCGUAACUGUACUUUGGAAUAAAAGUAUUGGUCGUUAUGGUGCACACGGGGUGCUACUGUACCAACCGCCGCCUCUGCUGGGACUGUCCUUUGCAAACAAAACGGCGCUAAAUCUUAUCGCGUGUUCUCAAGGUAGACGGAAAAGUACUCGAGCGGCGGACAGAAAUUCCCACCUCCCAUUGCCAUUACAUCUGCUCUUUUAUGGAUAACACGCGUGCAUGUAUGACUGGGACCGAAUAAAGCCCCGAAGAACAAAUCGCGUGCAUUUUCGGAAAACUUUUCUCGUUGACGUCUAUUAAGAGCCGCCUAUGCGUCUCCGGCUGCGAUUACAUGCGCGUCCGUUUGCUUAUUUUUGCUUACACAGUGUCGCGCUGCGCAGCUCACUCGUGUCUGUCUGACUGGAACUUUUUCAAGGAUUUCGUCGAUGAACUUGUUGCGGUGAGUCCCCUUUAAACCCUCACGGCCUGUGUUGUACUCUGUUUUUAGACUAUGGAGGUUCCGGUCGGGCUGGUGGAAGCCUGCGAGUCCCCAGACGCAGUUUUUCACGGACCUUACCAAAGCGUUUUUCAAAACGUGCGCGUCGCGAGAGCGAGCAACCCCGAGAGUUUGGAUAUUUCUAGCUCCAAGAAGUGCGGCUGCCUACAGGAGAGCUCGUCGAGGGAAAUGCGCUUAAGUGAGCUGUCCUCAAUCAGAAGAAUAAUAUGCUGCCCCGAAAAAGAGUACGAGAGUGCGAGUUCGGUGAUGCAGGCGGCGGCGAGCCGAAUUCAUUUUCUCAAGAGUUCAUCAGGAAGCAAAAGCGACUCGUCUCUGUCAUCUAGCGGCUCGGGCCGCACAGACGCCACCGAAAGCAGCGGUAGUCGCGCAGGCUUCCUUCGGGGCGUCGAGAGCGGACAGAAGGGCUGCGGUGCUGUUGAAGUUCACACACGAGAGUUGGGCUCGGGCCGUGACGCAAGUGUGGCGAGUAGUAGUCGCGCGUGCACCACCGCCACCAUCACCUCCAGCAGCAGCAGCAGCAGCACCACUACCAGCUGCACCAUAUCAGAGACAGCGCGAGAGUUGUGCAAAGCCGUGUCCGUGUCUUUGGGCUUAGCUAUGGAGUCCAGCGAACUGGGCGAGGUGGGACCGCACCAUGCACCGCCGCCACCGCCCCUGACCACUGAAAGUAGUAGUGAGGAGAUCUAUUUGUACGGAAUGCCUUUGCUCGACUGCUCAGUGAGCGAACGGGAGGCAGGAAGGAAAGACCGAGAGUACGCUCUCGCGGCGGGACGAGACAGAGGCGAAGAGCUCCGAGGCAGAGACAAAGUGCUCGGGAUGCUUAAAAGUGGCGACCUGGAGCAGCUAGCAGGUGAGGUGACGACCUUGCAGUGCAGCAACGCUUCUCGAGCGAACUUGACCGCGGAUGUGCAGGAGGUGCAUGAGUUCGGCAGCCUGUCCGGGGACAUUGCCAACCUGAGUUCAGAAGAUACGGCAGCGCAGACAGCACCGGAUAUGGACGGACCGCGAGCGGCUUCGUGCCAGUUCGAACAACUGUUGCCCGCGAGCAUGACCCAUUAUGUCCACCCGGAGCUCGAAAACGGACCGAGCCAUAGCUUCGUAAAAUCCACGGCGAUGUCUGGGGAGUUUGCGGGGCCCAUGGAGGAUUACACGAAUCUCUAUAAUGUCAGAAUCAAGACCGAGAUGAUGCCCCGUGAUCUGAAUGACACCUGGGCGUACCCGCAUAGGUACGCCGAGGACUCUAACGGCCACUACGGGCCUCCAAAGCAGAGGACACCUUAUGCUGCUGCCCACGAACCCCCGUUUAUCUGCAACCCCUACGAAUACGGCCGAAGUACGGCUCUGGUUCCGCGGGAGCGACCUCCGCACGAGCAGUGGUACCCGGGUGGGAUGCUGACCCGUCCUCCGUACCCUAACGUGCCUGGCGUGAAAAACGAGGUGGGCGAAUGGCUGGAUGUAACAUCGUUCACGGAUGGCAGGUUUGACGGAGGGAGGAGUGACAUUUUCCCAAUGGAGUUUUUCCUUCCUCCGCAAAGGACCUGCCUAAUCUGCUCUGAUGAAGCAUCUGGAUGUCACUACGGAGCCCUCACCUGCGGAAGCUGCAAAGUGUUCUUUAAGAGAGCUGCUGAGGGGAAGCAGAAGUAUCUGUGCGCUAGCAGGAAUGACUGCACCAUAGACAAACUGAGGAGGAAGAACUGCCCAUCCUGCCGCCUGAAGAAGUGUUUUGAGGUUGGAAUGACCCUGGGAGCCCGCAAGCUGAGGAAGAUUGGACAGAUGAAAGGUCCGGAUGAGGUCGGCGCAGUUCAGGGCCCGUCGGAGACUGUCCAGUGCAUGUCGCCCAAGCCCAACCUGACGUUCCACUCGCAGUUGAUCUUCCUGAACAUCCUGGAGGCCAUUGAGCCCGAGGUGGUGAACGCCGGCCAUGAUCAUGGUCAGCCUGACUCAGCGGCUGCUCUUCUCACCAGCCUUAACGAGUUAGGAGAGAGGCAACUUGUCAAAGUAGUGAAAUGGGCCAAAGGACUUCCAGGUUUCCGUAACUUGCACGUGGAUGAUCAGAUGACAGUCAUACAACACACCUGGAUGGGAGUGAUGGUCUUUGCUCUGGGUUGGAGGUCCUACAAGAACGCCAACGCGCGGAUGCUGUACUUCGCUCCAGACCUGGUCUUCAAUGAUCGUAGGAUGCACGUCUCCAGCAUGUACGAGCACUGUGUUCAGAUGAAGCAUCUCUCGCAGGAGUUUGUGCUGCUACAGGUCACACAGGAAGAGUUCCUCUGUAUGAAGGCCCUCCUCCUGUUCAGCGUCAUUCCAGUGGAGGGGCUGAAGAGUCAGAAGUAUUUUGAUGAGCUGCGUCUGACGUACAUAAACGAGCUUGAUCGUUUAAUCAACUAUGGCAGGAAGACCAACUGUGCCAUGCGCUUCCAGCAGCUGACACGACUGAUGGACUCACUGCAACCAGUUGUUCAGAAGUUGCACCAGUUCACCUUUGACCUCUUUGUCCAAGCUCGGUCUCUGCCCACGAAGGUCAGCUUUCCCGAAAUGAUUGCAGAAAUAAUCUCGGUCCAGGUGCCAAAGAUGCUCGCCGGCCUGUCUAAACCAAUCCUGUUCCACAAAUGACAGGACCACGCCCCCAAACCACCAAUCUAUAUCAACCCCACCCAGGCCAUAUGAGCCAGUCAGUUUGGUCUGAUCCAGCCUAAACCAGCCUGCGAUGCUUUGAAUCUGGACUCGAAUUGAGCGACGAGACUGAACAAUACAGAUUUUUUGAUUUUUCCAUUUUUUAGCAUUUCCCCCUCCCUCCCUCCCUCUCUCUCUCUCCCUCCCACCCUUUCUAUCUCAGUCUCGUCUCUCCCUCCUUUUGAAAAAUGGCCCUGAAAAGUAGCGGGACCAUUACAUCAUUACAGUUGUCUAUCUUCUCCUCGGAGAUGAUUUGAGCUCAUUUUCUCAAACUGACAGCAUGGUGUGAAGCAGGUUUUGUUCUUUCUUUAGACCAGCAGUUAUCCUUCAAGAGUUACAACGUGUUGCCUGGUGGACAGGUUGGAAAAAAAAAUAUCACACUGAAGUUUCAUCUGAGCCCUUAAUCAAAAAAGAAAAAAAAAAGACAUUAAGCAGAUCCCUUUCCAAGUCUGUGACCUGCCUUGACUCUGUGCAUAGCGGGAUAAAAAGGUUUCAUUUAUUGUCCAUGACUUGAGAGAUCAGGACAAAGCAAAGCAGCAUGCAUAGAGAAAUACGAUCAGAUGUGGCAAAAACCGAGACAGAAUCUUUUCACUUGUGACUAAAAUUCUACUAAAUACAGUACCAUAGUAUUAAAAGAGUAUGGAAUUCAGUACAACAGACUGGCUAUCGGUCCUCCUCCCUGCUUUAUUAGUUUAUUGAUUGUAAAACAAGUGCUUCAUUCAUUUCUUAUGAAAUGUAGAGGCUCUUUAUGAAAGCUUUUUAAAAGGCAUCAUUCAUUCAGGAUGUUCAGACGAUUUCUGACUAUUUCGUUCAUUUGAAAAUCGUUCACAGUUGGGUUGGAAAUUCACUUUCGUCACUGAAAACAAAAGGACAGCAUGAUGAUGAUGAUGAUGAUAACAGCGCUAUAAUAAAAACAUCUCACAGUCAUUAGGCAGUUGCCUCCUCUAGACAGCAGACUUUUGUUAAGACGUGGCCGAGUGCCCUUAUUUACAACCUGGAUAUUGCGUUGCAGGUUUUAGGGUAUAAUGUUGACAGUUUGUAUAUAGAACACAACAACUACAGCAAUGCUUGGGUCAUCAUACAAGAUCUUCAAAUAUAUAUCCGUAUCUAAAUCUAUUUAAACCUAUGCAUGCUGUCUUCAUAUCCAUCACUACAAAACAAGAAACCAAUAACUGCAUGCUGAAGCCCUAGAUAUUCAAACAAACCAAACUGCAUUUCCAGUAAGCUAAAUGGAUAUUGUUAGGAAACGGGACUGUUUCCCAUAAAGCUCUUACUAAGUUACUCUCUCUUUCACUGUCCUUAAUGGAAGAUCUGGCAAGGUAAUGUUCUUGUGUAUAUAUGUAAAAGUUAAGCGUGGUUCUUUUCAACCUUUCUAUGUGCUAAUGUAUGGAUGUAGUCAAUAGUUUUACAGUACAGUUUCCUCUCUUUCCUUUAUAGUAAGUGCCACUGAGGGAUUUGUAUUUCUCUGCGCUAGCAAUAAGUAAUCACAUGCUUAACACAGUCUUUUAACAAGCUCUUUUAGAAUACCAAAACAGGCUUCAGACGGUGCACACCUUUAAAAACAGACAAAAAGAAAAGAAAAAAGAGCUAUGCUUGUGUGCUAACAUAACGGGACAGUACUGUUAUUUUAUCAGAAACUCCUACCAAACAUCUUAAUCACCAUCAAUGGCGCAAAGCAACGGCAAGUGGUGCUAUAAGCUCUCUUCUUUAUUCACGAGGGUGUUAAAUGAGACGAAAAAAGACAACAACAACAAAAAAACGUAUUUUUUACUCUGCUUUUGCUUCAAUUAAAGCAUUCUCUAUUUAUCUGUCAGAAAGGAACAUCUUUACUCGCUUUCCUCAUACUUGGGCGCUGUGCGUGUUUUCUAGACGUCGUGUCAACUUUUUUCCUCUGCACGCUCUCCGUUUCUAAAUGAUUGAAUAAUGCCUGCAGUGUUAUGUAUGUAGAUUACUCUUUAAAGAGCCCAAAAAUCGCGGCGCUGUGUUGUCUUUGUCAGGCCUGGGGUGACCUGGGGUGUACUUUCAGCAGAGCAGGGAGUUUUCCGACGAGUUAAAACGACGAGAUGUGGUUUAGCUGCUCGAGCUCUUGUCGCCGCCGAGCAUGUUGACGGUUUAAAUGUGCCAGGCAGAGAAUAGGCUGUCAGAGAAAGCUCCUCCGCGCUGACAGCACCGAGCACCGCGCAAUUACACGCAGGUGUUUACCCAUUUAGACGGCCCAAAAGCACUCAUUAGAAUUUGCAGAACUCCAAGCCGCACUUUUACCCUGCCAAAAAAAAAAGAGCCCACGACUUCCACCGCAAACAUGAAUCGCUUUAGGACGGAGCCCGAAGCCAAAGUUUGAUCACAAAAGUCGUUAGCUGACGAACGUUUGGAGGGGGGAUGCACGUGCACGUAAACACCGAUGUGCUUCAUUCGUACGUGACUAACGUUACGUUACUCUGUCUCUCUCUCUCUCUCUCUUUCUCUCGCCGUCUUAUAAUUGUCUGUUUACAAUGGAAACUUUAUAACAUGCGACACCUCGUUUGGCUCUGGCGCUGCGCUUUUGAACCGACCCGUGCUUGGAUGGUCCAUAAGCUGAUUUGUGUGACUUUCUUAACACAUCUCUUAUGAGCUAUAAUGUAGAACUUUGCGUGUGUUGGUUUUCAAUUAAAGUCUUAGGAUUUACUGUUGCUGUGUGCGGUGUGGUCAGCCAAUAGCAAAAGCAUAUGUGUAUGUUUAUAUGCGCUCUUGUAAAUCUGUUAGCAGCCUCUGCUUCCUGGAUGAAAGAAAGCAAUAAGGACUUUUUUUUGGUGUCAUUUGCCAAAUAUUGAAUUAGGCCUAAAGGUUUGCUCGGAUUCGAAUGUGAACGAGAGUCUUAAUAACAGUCUGCAUGUCACCAGGAUGCUUCCUGUGGUUAUAAAUUGGUCUUUCAGAACACACGGAGGGGGCAAAAGUUACCGAACGACUUUCAGCGAUGAGGAAGGCAAUUUGGCUUUCUAAUGUGCGUCUUAACUGCAAAGUAUCUUGAUGUGAAGUUGUAGGUUAAACUGAAACACUAGCGCGACAGACGCUAAAUGUGCAAAUGAAACCAUACAAAACAUUUGCAGGCAGAACUCUAUCUACUUUAUGAAACCAUAUUUAAAAAGUCCCAUUUAUGUAACGAUGAUUUGGAUUAUUUUAUGUUUUAAUUCUCUCUCUUCACUGGCUGACACAAGCAACUACAAGACUAAUAAUUAGCGAAUGCUUUUUUACUGCUUUUUUCUCCGGUGUGAAUAAUUCCUGUCUUUUCCUGGUGUUAUGGGAUAUUUUUGGCCUUUCCAUAUGCAGAAGGAGGAGCUGGAGAGUUUGGCUUUAUAUGACUAGAAGUGGAAAUUCUGGCUUCUUAAAUGAUGUUUGUUACUUCAAUCUUUGUAACUUUAUAGUCUUUUUUUACAGCAGUUGUGUGUACGUGUGAAUGGGUGUGUGUCUGUGCAUGCACGCUUUUUCGCAGAUUAUUUAGUACUGCUAUGUAGUGUUGUAUUGACAGUUGUUAACUGACGAUUUCUUUGGAGCAGUUUGCAAACUGAUUUUUACUCAUACGGAAUAUCGCUUAUCAGACGUGCUCUGAUUCCUGUUGUGUAGAGCCUGUGUAAAUCCAGUUUGUUUGUGUUUUACCGCUUUCAAUUCAAUAAAAAAAAUCUGAAAGUC